UCAAGUGCUCAUCAUUGCAAGUACACUUCCUUCUUUCCAAUAUCAUUAGAUCCUCAUUCAAUAAAACUAAAAUGACGAUGAAGAAGCAAUCUCUCUUGUGCUUCUCACUUGCACUGAUAGUUUCCUUCAUGUGUUCCACCAUCACAGUAGCACAAUUAGCACCAGUUGGUGCACCAGUACAACCAGCAAAACCUACCCCAACCCCACCAGCAGCAUCUCCAAAACCAUUGGUACCUUCAUUACCACAAUCACCAAGUCCAAGUGAUGCCACUCCUGACACUCCAGCAGUUGACAUUGUUGGAAUCUUGAGAAAAGCAAAGUCUUUCAACAUCCUAAUCCGCCUCAUGAAAACCACCCAAUUGAUCAACCAACUCAAUGCACAGCUUCUCACUACUAAAUCAGGUGGCUUAACCAUUCUUGCACCUGAUGACAGUGCCUUCUCUGAACUCAAAGCAGGCUUCCUCAACACUCUCUCUGAUGGACAAAAGCUUGAACUCUUGCAGUUCCACGUUCUUCCAGACUAUGUCUCUAGCUCUAACUUUGAUACUCUCACCAACCCUGUGAAAACACUUGCAGGGGCUAAACCUGGAAAGGUGGAACUGAAUGUGGUGAGUUACGGAGGGAGUGUGAACAUCUCAACUGGUGAGGUUAACACCACCAUCAAUGGCAUUGUGUAUACCGAUAAGCAUCUUGCUAUUUAUAAAGUGGGUAAGGUGCUUCUUCCUAUGGACUUCUUUACUGUUGCUAAGGCACCUGCAAAGGCACCUUCUUUGGCUCCAGAACCUUCAAGUGAUGCAGCAAAGGCACCUAAGCCUGAUAAGGAUGCUUCAUCAUCUUCAGAUUCGUCACAAGUUAAUCCCACUGCGGUGAACUCUGGCAUGAAGAUCGGUGUGUGUGGAAAGUGGGUGUCACUUGGACUUGCAUUGGUGGCAACAAUGAUGCAAGGCUAAUGGAGAAAGGUGUAUUAGGAAGCUGUGAAUUUGGUUCUUUAAAAUACGCAUGUUUUGUUGUGUUAUCUAUGGUUGUUUUGUUUCUGGACUUCGUAUGUAGUAGUCUAGGAUACUCCGAGAAGUAUGUGAAAGGUUUGUGUGAUUGUGCUGUUUUCUUCCCAUAAAAUAUAAAGCUAUAAAUGAUUUUUUUUACAUUAA